GAGAUUUAUGAAUGGUUCAAUUCAAGGGUGAAAGGGGAGAAAAUCGAACUAAUCUGGGGAAAAAAAUGAGGUGGCCCAGGGGGUCUUAUCAAUAAUACUUAGUUGCUGAUGUUACAUGUAGAUAACCAACGAGCUUUAAGUGUUGAUGUAGUCACCUUGAUAAGGGACGGCCAAAGCCGCCCAAACUUAUGGUAUUGUCCUCCAACCCCUCCUUCAUGUUCAUGAACCCCGCAAAGUAUCUCAAUGGCAUCGUCAAAUACACCUCGUGCAGAGAAUUCUUGUCGUCGCUGUCACCGCCGAAAGAAGAAAUGCGAUAGAUCUUUACCGCAAUGUGAAGCGUGCGAACGAGCAGGCUCCAAAUGCAGCUUCUUGGAUGAACGCAACCAAAUAGGCUCUUUUCCUCUCUCGUACGUCCAGAGUCUACAGAGACGUGUCAAGGAUCUGGAAAGGCAACUCUCUCUAGCUUUGUCCACGUCGAGGAACUCUGAGGACUCUAUCUACUUAGAUCCCAACAAUGGAAGCUCGCCUCCUUUGGAGACGUUCACUCCGGAUCGUCCAACGACCGAAGAAAUCGCGGUGCCUUUCAUUCCUGCUUCAGCAACGAACAAUUUGUCUCCUACUGUAGGUACGCGGGGAAGGGCACACUCACUCGCGUCGGAGCUGGAGCUGCUAUCGCUAUCGGCAACAGCAGAACGCUAUCUUGGGUCUUCUUCUGGAGUUUCGUUUGCGAAACUUACCCAAGCUGUGUUACGAAGACUGAGCCCCGAUAAGUCUUCAUUUGUCUUUGAAGACGAUAUUGAACAGAAGGGGUCCCCAAAUGAGAACCAAAUUCUAGAUCAAUUCAUCGAUCCCUUGUCUUUUCGAAAAUACGGGCCCUCCUCUUUGAUAUCAUCGUCUUCUGCAUUCAGGACAUUUCCGGAGCUGAACCAGCAGGAGCAGUUGGACGUCGUGGAACUGGAACUCCCUCCACAAUGGCACGCAGCACACCUAACGGAUUUCUACUGGUCUCAUUCUCAUACGCUAUAUCCGAUAAUUCGCAAGAAUGAAUUCAUGGGCGCACUGUGGAAGAUUUAUACCGAGCCGGAAGACCCUCUGAUGCAGUCACCUCUCUGGCUCUUCCGGGUUUGGAUGGUUCUUGCCAUCGGAUCGACGGCCUACUGCUCUGUUAGCUUGGUGGAUGAGUCUGAAUCAGUUAUGUUCUUCAAUAAAGCUAUGACUUAUUUCGAGGAUGCCUUCUCUUGCGGAGAUAUGGCGGCUUUGGAAGUUUUGAUGCUCCAAGUAUCGUACUCCUUCUUCAACCAGCUAGGCCCAAACACAUGGUUCCUUGUUGGCGUCGCAACUCGAAUGGCGAUAGGGAUGGGGCUUCACACGUCAUCAACUUAUGAGAACAUUCCCGUAGAUGUGAGCGAAUACAGGAAACGCAUUUUCUGGUCAUUAUAUAUGAUGGAUCGUGUGGUAUCCAUGGCAUUGGGAAGACCUUUUGCCAUGCGUGACGAAGAUAUUGACGUUGAAAUUUUCGCAGACGUUGAUGAUGAGAAUAUACGGACAGACAGGAUAGUCCCCCAAGACCCACUUCAACCAUCGAGCAUGCAAGUCCCCCGACAUAUACUUGCACUGCGAAAGAUCGCGAGCGUUAUUGGGGAAAAGGUCUAUUCUCAGACAAAGGCACGCGGGAUGGACCAAGGGCAGCGCGACGAAGUUAUCCGUCAAAUACAUAAACAGCUGGUGGAGUGGCGACGAAGUAUGCCGUUUCCUUUACCAGAGCUACAGGGAUCGCGCGUUCCUCACCUGAGUUCCUCAUGGUUCGAUCUAAAUUACUAUACUCAUGUUACAAUGCUCUACCGGCCGUCGCCAUUGUGCCCUAUUUUGGAUGUUCCCAAGGUCAAAAUCCUCGCCGAAUCGUCUGCAAUGUCUAUUAGGCAGGCAACGAAUAUGCAUCUCCAACAGAGACUUUCUUACAACUGGCUAAAUCUGUUUGGAGUGUUUACCUCGUCGCUUGCAUUGAUGUACUCGGUUACGGCGCAACCAGACAGUCUAUCAUCUGCGCUAGAACAAACAGGGGCAAUAGGUGAUUUGGAGCUGGCUGUAGAAUUACUGGGUACUUUUGGAAAGAAGUUCCCCAGCGCCUUGAAGUGCCAGAGUAUGAUACGCGAAGUUGUCUCUCGCUUGAAGGACCACCUUGUUCCACGAGACUGAUUUAUGAACUGCGGCUGAAGUACAGUACUAUUGGG